GGAACCUCAACCGCAGGAAGCACACAGCACCUCGUCCCGCUAUCAUGCUCUCGAGUCCACCAUCUGCGUCUCUCCAUGAUCCCGUCCUCUAUCCCGCAUAUCUCAUUUACCCACACCCCCGUAUCCUAGUUCUCAUACCGCCCGGGACGUCGAGGGAUCGUCCAAGCCGUUCGUGAGAGAACCCAUGAACGCUCCAUCGUUUCCCCUCCAUCCCCCCAUGCUGAGUCUCCGCCGACGCAUCCCGGCCCUGAUGGCCCUCUGGCGCUGCCAGAAUGAUUGGUUGCUGGUUGCGCGAAACUUUUGGCUGUGAUUCGAAACGACAAAUGGAGAGGGCCACCGGGCAGGCUCCCUUUGGUCAAACUGGACCUGACUUUGCUCUUGCCUUGUCGCUGGGAUGACAAAAUCCCAGGUGACGUGCAGGAAGAGAAGGAAUAAGGGCACUGCUCUGAGCAAGGUACGGAGUUACCUACCUAUCUUUACUUUAGGUGCUUUGCAUUACUUUUUCACCCCAUGUUUCUUUAAGCUCAGCUCGUGGGACAAGAAUUCAUAGUCAAUCAGGGUCCUGUCUGUAUUAAAGGAGAAGGAGCUCCCGUCCCUCCUUCCUUUGACGUCGAACCUACCCACCGGUCCUUUCUGGCAGGAGCUCCCUUCCCUCUUUCCCCCAUUGAACAGCCUUGAACAAAUUCCGUUCUUGGGUAUCUACUAAUCCUGUUCGCCUACAAUCUUUCCCUCCUCAUACUCUCGUCGCCUUGUCUCCUUCUUCCUUUGUGAAGACAUCAACACUUUCUCUAUAACGCCAACUCUCCUGGACUGGUUUCCGGGAAUAUUUCCUACUCGUCUCUAAUCGUACCCUCGCGCUUGAUACUCUACCAUCGAAUCACUAGUCGCUUGGAUUAACUCGUCAGCUUGGACUGACCGAAUUUUUGCUACGGACCUCAUCGCUACCGAGCUUACCACCAGCCGCUAUUCACUCAAUACUCUCCUUACUUGUAUGGUGCUUCGCCCUUGGUCGAUCUCGGACUCGUCACUAAUGCUACCCCAGGAUCUCGAUACUCUUCAGCAGAGCUACCGAGUACUUAAACACAUACGACUGCCUCAGAAACCCGAAAACGUCGCAACUGCUGUUCUCCGAUUACAAUCAAAAAAUGUUCAACCUCUCUGAAAACUCCAGCCUUCGUGGCUCGGGUCACUUGAUCCUCAACGUCUUCCGAGCGUUCAACAUCAUCGGCCUCUUGGCCGUCAGCGCCGCCACCUGGACCAUGAUCGUCAUGUCCAUUCUUAAGGGCAACUUUGCCUUCUUCGAUUCGGCCUCCCGCUUCUUCACUUUCUGCUUCGCCGUGUUCCUCAUUGUCUCCGAGCUCAACGUCUUCCGCGCCUACUUCAUGCGCAACUGGCCGACCCUCUCGCCCGAGCAUGGCCUCAGCUGGCUGGGAAUCGCCAUGGUCGUCAUGGGCUGUCACGUUCUCGGGGGCAUCACGGUGCCCGCCUACUCUGUCGAGACUAUUGGUCUUCCGCUCUGGCGUCUCAUCCUCGCCUCGGGCAUUCUGGCAAUCACCUUUGGUUUCUUCAACAUCAUCUCGUCCAUUGUUUUCCGGGAUGGCAGCAACGGCAUCAACGCCCGCAACAUUCGCAGCGACGGCACCCUUGCCUCCGGCAAGAACUCGUACGCUGACGGAUACUCUGUCAGAAGCAACUCGAUUCGCAACGAGAAGCCGAACAACAAGUUCAAGCGCCUCACGCAAAAGUUCACUCCUUGGAGCAAGACCAACGACGAUACUAGCCCUCGUCCUAAUAUCAGCCAUCCUAUCGCCCACGACGUCGAGCAGGGCCAUGAUUCAGAGCCUGACUACGACGAAUCUCGCCGCAGCCCCAUCAUGCCCGAUGUCUCUCGUCCGGCUACUGCUCUGCACCCUGCCAUGGCUGGUCACCGCCAUACCAAGUACAGCCUGGCCAGCAACGUGAGCCGCUUCUAAGGAGUGGCGGAUGCUGCUCGCACACGACUUUCUUCUAUGUCUCGAUGAGAUUGAAAUCAAUGGACUUCACAGCAGCCUUGGUAUUACAGAAUAUGCAUCCCUAUUAGGCAGGGUGGAACGGCGUUUCACGGAUGAUUUAGUUUGGCUUUGAAAAAAUACCCGGCACGACGGCACGGUGUACGGCGAGGAAUAUGAGAUUUAGGAAUCUUUCGUCACUGAUCAUGACCAGCAAUCAGUCAUCAGGCAUUAAACAGAAGUAGAUGCACGAUUGAGGGAUCAGUCAUAAUUAUAAAGCUUCGUUAUCAAUUCCGUCUUGACCACAC